UUAUUCGAUUAGAAAGAAACUUUCCGGUAAACUUAUAUUCGUUCGAAUUUUAAACUUAUAUUCGUUCGAAUUUUAAAUUCGAUUCCUUUGAUAGCACGUUUGUUAAAUAAUUUGAACUUAAAGUUUUAAAGUUUUGAAUUGUGAUUCCUUGUUCAAUAUGAGUGGAUAUAAAAUUAAAUCCGAUAAAGCAUCAAUUCAUCUUAUGGAUGAUCAGUUGAUAUCACAAAUGAUAAUUUUAAUGAAGAAUAAUCCUUGUUUAUUUAAUGUCGCUGAUCCAGAUUUUAAAAAUGCGACUAAAAAAAUGAAAAUUUGGAACCGAAUUGCUGAUGAAUUAAAUUCAUACGCGGCCAAGAAGAAAAAUAUCGAUCAAUUAACUGAUUUGAUCACAGGAAAACUGGUCCAGGCAAAGUUUAGGAAUUUAAAAAUAACCUAUUCUACAUUAAAAAAAAAACAAAUCGCCGAUAAAGACUCGAAUGUUAUAAGUUGGAUCCAUUACGAUGAAAUUGAAUCCUUGAUGACGAAAAUUCCUGUUCGAACAGGUUUGGAUUCAUUAUUAACAACAACAAUAGAACAGAUUGAAGAAUCAGAACAGGCAUCAUCAUCAUUAAUUAUUCCCGAAAUUCUUACGUCGUUCUCACAUGAAUUAUCAUUGCCAUCACCAUCAUUGUCACAUCAUGAAAUAUCCAAUGAAACGGCCGAAACAAUGAUGAAUGAAAAUGAAACGCUCAAUCAAUCAAUCAAUCAAUUAACAAAGCGUUCAUCGAAAAAAAGAAAACAUGAAGAAGAUUAUCAUGAACUAAUUCGAUUGAAGUUAGACAAGGAAAAAGAAGAAAAAAUUCCAUGUGAUCAAUUAUUGUUGACGUUCGGUAAAUACGUUUCAUUAAGUUUGAACCGGUUACCGAAAGAAAGCCAAAACCAAGCCCGUCAUUUAAUUUCAAAUUUAAUUUUUAGGAUGGAAUCGGAUCCUAUGAACAUUGGAUCAAUUUCUAUCAUCUGAACAAUUAUUUGAAUCAACGAUUAUGAAUUUUUUUUUGAAUGUUUUAAUAAUAAACUAAUUUAACAAAUUAAUCAGGCAAUCUGCAAAUUUUUCUCUAACAGUGCUUGCAUCGCUUGUUGAUUGUUGAUUUUCUAAAUUUUGUUCCGGUAAAAUCUCUAGGUUGAAGUCGAA